AUGGGCGGUCCAUCUCAGUUUCAGGGACAGCAGUCUGCACGAUCUGCUCCUCCCACUCCGUUGCCAGCUGGGUCUGAUAGGAGUGCAGUUGUUUGCUUUCAAUGUCAGCAGCCUGGGCAUUACAAGUCCAGUUGUCCCAUGAGAUUGACUUUAGUUUCUUCAGCUCCGAAGGCUUGUUAUGGGUGUGGCCAGCAGGGCCAUUUGAUUCGGGACUGUCCGAGUCAGGGAGCAGGCACCACUAGUGGCAGAGGGACACGACAGAGGCCGUCACAGUCGGCUACGAUUAGUAGUUCACAGGCACAGACACCGCAGGGGCGUGUCUUUGCCCUUGCACCAACUGAUGCAUCUCCUGGAUCUUCAGUUCUCCGAGAAGGCGGAGUGUCAGUUGAUCCAUCAGAGAUUGAAACUGUUUUGAAUUGGGAGUAA